CUCCACCAUGAAGCUUCUGACCUUGGUUUCAUCUCUUAUGGCAGUCACGUCCGCUGCACCUCAGGGUUACACUCUGCCUGAGCCGUCUGGUUCGAACAACUCCAUUAAUGACUGCAAAGAUGGUGAAAUCCUUCAUGUAGAUGGUAGAUGUGUAGUUCCUAAGAUCACCCGUCACUUGUUCCUAUUCAACGCUCCUGAACAAUCACAUGUAUAUGGCCCACCACCAGUGAUCCCUCCACCCAAAAUAAACCAUAAUGUUUUGUUCAUCCAAGCCGGCCAGAGAGGACCUGAACCCAUCAUCGUGCCGCCCCCCAGGCAGAGGAACACUGUGUAUAUCCUCAGCAACAAAUCAGACCAGGGUCAGCGGGUCAUCGAAUUCCCUGCACCUCCGUCUAAGAGCCCCGAAGUAUACUUCAUCAACUAUGGUGAAGGAGAUAACCCGACCCUGCCUGGUGGUAUAGACUUCCAGACCGCCCUCAACUCAGCAGUCCAAGGCGACAGUCAAUUAAUUGUUGGUGCUGAACAAUUUACUGAGGAUGAUGCCGAAAGCUUGGAAGUUGGUGAUGGCUCUGUAAACAUUAAUGAGACAAACAUUGGAGAUGGAAACGUUGUAAACUACGAUAACUUUGCAAGUAAUGGAGAAAGUGUUCCAAUUCACUUAGGACUGCAGAAUGGUGAAACCCAUCCCAGCACUGACCAUGACCCUUCAUCCAUUGACGACGGAGGAAAUUCUAAUGGCAACACAGGUAUUGUUGCAAUGUCUUUGGAACAGCAGGAAGUGGAUAAAUCCGGCGAAAGUUACUUCCCUCCAACACAUGAGGUCUUCACGCCUUCAAAGAAUGAUGCAAUUUUAGUGAGCGGCGGCGAAGUGAAAAUAUCCGAUGAAUAUCUAGCGAGCCUCAGCGACUCUACUAGCCAAGCUGGAGUGCCACUGGAACUACAGACUGGUGUUAGUAACCCAAACGUAGAAUACAUCCUUCCCUCUGAUAACGUCAACUCCCAAUCUGGCGGUGUUGGUAACCUCUUGAAUAUUGCGGAUUUCAAUAGUAACAACAGAGCAACCAUCUCAGAAACAAGUCACCCCAAAACUCCUGACAACGGCGACAAUACACCUUCAGGUCUCUACUUGGCACCUCAUAAUGAAGCAACAUAGCAUCCCUAUUAUCUAUCCUCUCCACAAGUCUACUACAGAACCUAUAUACAGUAGGCAUAAUCGUCUGAUCAAGCUUUAAAAUACAACUGAAUCGUUUCUCAAACAGGGAUAACUUUGUAUUAAUUGCCACAAGAUAUAGGAAAUUGGUUCUUAUACGGGUACGGUCAAAUCUGUUCAGUUUCACAUAAGACAUCGUUUAGUACAACGGCAUAACCAACCUAAAUCUCUUACUUGUUUAGCUAUAGUUUGCAUUACGAUUAUCUACAUGAUCGUUCCUGUAUAUAAACUGCUCCAAUAGCUUUUUUAUUUAUGUGUAUUUCAUCCUGGGAUAUGGUAAUGUAAUUAUUUUUUAGAGCAUACCAGUAACUGAUGUAUUCACUGACAAUAGAACACUGAUUUUAAGUUAAAUUUACUCACAAACAUGAAAUUAAAGUAUAGUAACUUACGGACAUAAACUAAUGACAUUAACUACUGCCACGAAUUGGGUUUUAUACAGUACAGAAAAUAAUUGUUUGUUCUCUAAAUAAAACUAUACAAUGAGUUAUCUUAUACACAAUACACUGACCUUGUAUCGCCUACUUCAUCAGAUCUUUAAGUGGUUUAACUGGCCAAUAACAGUGACUCAUUAAACUGUUGUUCCUCGGAUGUAUCUCUCACAAACAAUUUGUUUUUAAGAUAUAUGAUUAUAAAGCGUCUUCAGCAAUAAAUCUGUCACUGCA